CCUCACGAGGCCUAUAUUUCCAUCCAAAACUUAAAAGACUGCCGCGGUGAGUUUGAUACUCAUCGGAAUCCGUGCCCGACGAACAACUAUACUAAUUUCUCUUGAAGAUUUUCUGUAAUUUCUGCAAAAAAAGGUUCUUCUUAAGCUUUGAAGUGCUGAUUGUAGACGAAUCAAUAAGGAUGCAGGCUUCAAGGGCAAGGCUUUUCAAGGAGUACAAAGAAGUACAGAGAGAGAAAACAGCUGAUCCUGAUAUUCAAUUAGUUUGUGAUGAUUCUAAUAUCUUUAAAUGGACGGCUCUUGUUAAAGGGCCAUCUGAAACUCCUUAUGAUGGUGGAGUUUUCCAGCUUGCUUUCUCAGUUCCAGAGCAGUAUCCAUUGCAACCUCCUCAAGUGCGGUUCCUGACCAAAAUAUUUCACCCAAACGUUCAUUUUAAGACCGGAGAGAUUUGCCUUGAUAUUUUGAAGAAUGCAUGGAGCCCAGCAUGGACACUCCAGUCUGUUUGUCGAGCUAUAAUUGCUUUGAUGGCUCAUCCUGAAGCUGAUAGCCCGCUAAACUGUGACUCAGGCAAUCUUCUUCGAUCUGGUGAUAUCAGAGGAUACCAGUCAAUGGCAAGGAUGUACACUAGGCUUGCAGCAAUGCCCAAGAAGGGCUAAAAACAAUGAGCUACAACCAUGUUCACACAACUUGUAGUAAUGGCAUUAACACAAUUUCAAUUCUUAAACAUCUGCUUGGUGUUCUGUAGCAGCUUUACA